UGACCAUCGAUCGAUUUGGGGGGAGCUCAGUGCGAAUCGUGUGCUGUGUGCAUCAAAAGCAACCAGUGGAAAUUCGCAGUUCUGCGGUAGCAGCAGGAAGAAUGCUUCAUCACGUGCAUAGAGUUUUCUGGGGUUGAAGUGAGGAAUAGUCAAGACAGGGAACAAUCCCGGUGCAGGUGCAUCUCAAGUGACAAAGUGGAGAAGAACGAAGGUCGAUUCAUUGAUUGGAACCCAGAUUAUGGAAGAGCUUCGUCGUCGUCGUCGCUUUUAUGGGUGAGCACGAGGAAAAUAAUAACAUCGAUAAACGAGUGGCUACGGCUGCUACUGCUUAUCAGGAGCUCCUCCAGCGAAUCCCCAAUCAAUCAUUAAUUAACUUGAUAGGUUUAUUCGCAUUGCAAGAAGCCGCAGCAUUUUGAGUGCUUAGAUAGUGCAACAGCUGGAAAGAGAAUUUUCGGUGAAGAAAAGCGACGCAAAGUGAAUGAUUCGCGGCAAAUAGUGAAAAUAUUUUAAACCACCUCUGAAGAAACCAGAAACAAAGUGCAAACACAGAGUGAGUGUGAAUCCGGUUUCCAGACCGAGGGAGAUAAAUAGGAAACCGAGGAAAAAGAUCCGCAAACGGAGAUAAGCCGGACGUAAACGGAGCAAAACAGAAUUCUUCCCCGCCAUCGGCCCUCUGUAGCUCAAUGGAAACAUCAACCCACUCUCCGGGAGGGUAGAGUUGGUAGGAGUCCUCACUGAUCGGGUGCGACCAGCAGCUCACACCCGGCUUCCAAUCGAGCAGCUUCCAGUUGCUUUCUGAAAAGCAUAAAAACAAGGACACUUUCUUUUCUGUUACACUUCACCACAGUCUCACAUCAGUCAGCCUGGCUCGGUUCAGCGGUGGCCACAAAAUGGCACGGCACAUCAUGGCGGUGUGCGUCGUGUGUUUACUGUGUGCCGAUCAUCUACCCUGCAAGCAGCACGACGCCGGUCUAAACGCCGGAACGGAUCCACGGUUAGCGAACCCCUCGGCAACAGCAACCACAACGGCGGAAGCGAUGAAUUCCAUCGUUGCGGUCGGCAAAGUUCCGCCGGUCAAGCGACAUACCCAUGGACAUGAUCAUCACCAUGAUCACGGGUCACAUGGUGGUCACGAUCACGAUCACGGCGGCGGUGAUGGAGAGGAAGACGAUCGGAUGGCGGCGAUCCGGGAGCAGUUGGAUCCCUUUAUGGUGUCCAUCUUCAAGGAGUUUGGCGAUUCCACUUCGAUGACGAUGGAUGUGGCCGGAUUCGAGAACAUGAUGAAACGACUGAACAUGUACCGGCUGGUGACGGAACGGUUGAGCGGGAGUAGUAGUGGAGGUGGUAGCAGUAGCAGUGGGAGUAGCUCAGUUACGGCGUCGAUCCAUGAUCAUCGGGACGCAGAUAGUGAUGAAGCGUGCAUCAACAGUGUCGACUUUGUGAAGCGGAUAGCAAUCCCGAAGCCACUGGCAAUGGCCACGUUAGGCCCUGCAGGGACGAAGCUCUCUCCGAAUACUUACGAUAGUGCAGCUAGGAACAUCACCAGUAGCAGUAGUAGCGAUAAGUCCAAUGCGACCACCACCUCCACGACCACCACAAGCACUGAAAGCGGUGGUAGCAGCAGCAGUAGUAACAGUAAUAGUAGCAGCGUUAAUGGUAGUGAUAGGACCCCAUCGUCGGUACGAUCCCACGAUACAAGUGAACUGGAUCGGCUGAAGGCAUCAAUCCGUCUGGAACGGGAUGAUCUGUUCAACAUCUGUCCGAUUCUGCUGGCACAGCUUGCGUCCAAGACGUCCCGUCAGCGCGCCGGAUGUAUCGAUCCGGAUGUUGUUCCGGACUUGGCCGGUUUUGGGCUGGAAACGGCACUCUAUCCUUCGAAAGAGCACGUCGGAGACGGUGGGGAUGACUCGAUCGAGAUGUCCGUCUGGAUCUAUUCCACGCUGGCGGUUCUGGGCGUCAGCUUGUGUGGUUUGUUGGGUGUGGCUGUGAUACCUUGUAUGGAUAAGCACUUCUAUCAGCAUGCGCUGCAAUUUCUGGUGGCGCUUGCGGUGGGGACACUUUGCGGGGACGCUUUGCUUCAUCUGCUUCCACACGCGAUGAUGGCCACUACGAUGAAGAAUUCCCACGACGAGAUGAUGUACAAAGGCCUGGCCGCCGUCGGGGGCAUCGUGUUCUUCUACUUCAUGGAGCGGUUCCUGACCGUCGUGGCUGAGUGGUACAAACACCAGGAGAAGAAGGAUAAACCUUCGUCGCGGGUGCGGGUCAUGCGGGAACCGGAAUCCAGUUCUCUGCAGCACGCGUCUAGUGGUGAAAAGCAGUGCAAGCACAAGUACAGUUCCUAUCCGUAUUGCUACGACGAGAUCGCGAUGGAAACCAAGGACGAUCACCACGAGCACAACCACAUGGAGAACCACAACCAUCACCACCAGAAUAAUCACAACAACGCCGCGGCCAAGUGCGCCAACAACCACGGAAACGAUUUCGGCGACGGGGAACACCCCAGAGGAGACUAUUGCUACCGCAAUUACAUCAACUCCAAGGGCGAUUCCACUCCACAGGACAAUAACACCGUUUCGACCAACCUGGACGAUGCUUCCAUCGAAAGCGAAACUCCGGCGAUCCCUAAGCCCAAACUGGAACCGGAGAACUACACCAUCAUCCUGCGGGAACACGAAACCAAGCACCACGGCCACACCCACAUGCACGGCCAUGUCCACUCGCCCCCAGGCUCCCUCUCGGCCGUAGCCUGGAUGGUCAUCAUGGGCGACGGGUUGCACAACUUCACCGACGGAAUGACCAUCGGGGCGGCCUUCGCGAACAACAUCGCCGGCGGGUUCUCCACGGCCAUUGCCGUGUUCUGCCACGAGCUUCCGCACGAACUGGGCGACUUUGCGGUGCUGCUGAAGGCGGGCAUGUCCGCCCGGGACGCCGUCUACUACAAUCUGCUGUCGUCGAUUCUGAGCUUUAUCGGCGUUAUGAUCGGAAUCGUGAUCGGACACCAGCCGGAAGCGUCGGCGUGGGUGUUCUCCGUGGCCGCCGGACUGUUCCUGUACAUCGCGCUGGUGGAUAUGAUCCCCGAGCUGACGUCCGCCCACGGCGCGGAGGACCGCUGCAAAACAUCCGAGUUCCUGUUACAAUUCUUCGGCAUGACGUCCGGCUUCGGCAUCAUGCUACUGAUUGCAAUGUACGAGCACGAUCUCAAGGAAAUGUUCGUCGAUUAGAGGGAGGUGCUGUCGAAACGUAAAAAACCCGGAUCCGAGAUCAGAGGUGAUUAUGAGAUGAUACAUCCAUCAUCGAUCGAGAAAGUUUUUAGGUAUACAUAUAGGCGUGUUUCACUAUUUAGGAGAUAGCAACACAGUAAGGAUUUAUGAUGAGACGAGACUCACCUUUCCGCCUAAGGGAGUGGGGGUGGUGCGAAAAUUACGACGGAACAAUUGCGUGUAUAUGUAUCAGGUGUUCAUUCGGUUGAAUGCGUGUGUUACGAAUUUCAAUAAGCUAAAAGUAUUAGUCGCGGCUUUUCAACUUGCUUUAGAUUUUAUUCUUUGAAUAACCAAAAAUAAUACAAUAUUAUAAUUUGUAGCAGUUAGGAAUUUCUAGUUUUUUUUUUCUACUUUUCUUAUUUCGUAUGAUUUAGAACAGUAACCGUUUUACACACAAUUGUACAAAACCUUAAAUAACACUUUUAUGGCGAAAUGGACAAUUCCAUUUUGGACCUUCCUCGCUAAUUACAGUUUCGUACAAACAGUAUGACUUACACAGGGGCAGUUGUAACAUCAUAUGGGAAAUUAUGUCCCCUUUGAACUUAACACAUCCACAUGUACGGUACUACGCCAUUUAGGGGUAACGUCCAUCUCAACCUAGAGGUACUUAAACCUCCAUAUGGUCACACUUAACAGAUUCUACACUGGAACGAACUUCACUUGCCAAUAUGUACAAUAUUCCAUAUAGCCCGGAUCAACUGUCGCGCGGUUGCCGCAGUCCGAAGUCCGAAGGUGCACCGUUUAACAGCCGCUAGUAGAACUCAUACGUAGCAAUCACAAGCAUUUACUAAUUCAAGGACAUUAUAGAAUUCUAUUUUCUCAACUUUAACUUUUUCAGUUCAACCCUGUUUAGCUCCUAAGUAGGUACGUAUCAAAUUGUAGUGAUCUUAUUUCUUUUGCAAAAAAAAACAAACGAACUUGAGUUAACUUUGGUAAGCAGGAGUAUUAAGUGCGUAGGUCGUGGUGGUUGCAAGUAGGUUAGCAACGUGGGAAAGUCGACGCAGAUUGAUAUCGUCAAUUUUUGCGGUGAAAAGCAAGUGUCUUUUUCAAGACCACACAACACCACAUACACUGAACCGUGUCAUUCAUCUGCAAACAUCAUGAGAUCACAACAGACAGCUGUAAUUAAAACCACACUCUUUAAGUAGGAUUAAA